GAACCUUGGGUUGAUGUAUCUAUGGAUUUUUUUUUGGGCUUACCAAGGUCAAAAAGAGGCCACGAUUCUAUUUUUGUUGUUGUUGACAGGUUCUUGAAGAUGGCACACUUCAUUCCAUGUCAUAAAACUGACGAUGCAACCAAUAUUGUGGAUCUAUUCUUCAAGGACGUUGUUCGUUUACAUGGCAUUCCAAGGACUAUUGAUGGGAAUCAAGACGACAGCAUAUCUACCACGUCAUGUGAUCCAUUACACACCCAAGGAGGUCCAGUCACGCGAGCUAAAGCUAAGAAGAUGCAUGAAGCUAUAAAUGGCUUAUUGAGCAGAUCUGGGUUGAAAACAACAUACAACAAGAAAAUCGAAGCUUGGAUGAUUAUCAAGGCAUGAUAAACAUCAUUCAGGUUCAAGAGAAGCUUAAUUAAGGUCAUUUAUGCUAAAUUACACAGUUUGCGUCAAUCUCGCAAUUCUGUCACAAUUUGUAACAAACUGAUAUUUCAUGUUACUUUAGGCUACUUUUAGUGAUUUUCACCUUUUUUUAUAUUAUUUUGGGCUAAACAUUCAUUUAUUU